UAAAGGUAAAGAGUCGGCCGCCAUGAAGGCAGACCUUCUGCGGGCCAGAGAUAUGAAACGAUACAUCAAUCAUCUGACUGUUGCUAAGAAACAAUGUGAGAAAAGGAUCCGCCUUCUCGGUGGACCAAACUAUGAGAACAGUGAAGAAGGAGGGGCCGAGGACAGCGACGAUCCGCAAAGUCAGAAGAUUCUCCAGUUCAAUGACAUCCUGUGUAACCCGGGUUACAGGGAGCAUUUCAGACUGUACAUGGAGCGGGUUGAUAAGAGAGCUCUGAUCAGCUUCUGGGAACUGGUGGAAACUCUGAAAACUGCCAACAAGGUAACUGUGGAGGCUUUAGCUCAAAGCUGCUGAAAGUACACGU